UAAAACCCGAGACCAGCUCACGAAGAAACCCUAAACUCGCUCCAGAUUCUCGUGUAUGCUGUGCGGAAGCCUAACUCCACCGAGGAAUUUGAAGGCCCGUCGACCGGAAAUCUUUCCUUCAUCGCCGCAAAUUAGUCAACUCCGACGACUAUUCGUAUAUUAAUCAGGAAAGAGGGCUUGCUACUCUGACAACACAUACACUGAGCUGAAACUGCUGGUGAACUAUAAGAGAUGGAGAGUUGGGAUGAUGAUGCACCUAUUCCUGACCUAAAGAAGGGGCAACCACCAAGUAAAUGGGAUGAUGAGGAUGUGGAUGACAAUGAUGUAAAAGACUCUUGGGAAGAUGAGGAUGAUGAGCCUGCUCCAGCACCUAAACCAGAGCCUCCUGCUGAAAAGGCUCCAAAAAAGCCUGCUGCUAAAGCUACUGAAACGAAGGGCAAAGUGGUUAAAGUUGCACAGGAGGAGCCUUUAGACCCAGUAGCUGAAAAACUACGACAACAGAGGCUCGUGGAGGAAGCUGAUUAUAAGUCAACAACAGAAUUGUUUGCUAAGAAAGGUGAUGAGAAGACCCUUGAAAAUUUCAUUCCGAAAAGCGAAAGUGACUUCUUCGAAUAUGCAGAGCUCAUUUCUCAUAAGCUGCGUCCAUACGAGAAAAGCUACUUCUAUAUGGGAUUACUCAAGGAGGUAAUGCGACUGUCAAUGACCACAUUGAAAGGCCAAGAUGCCAAAGAAGUGGCAUCUUCUAUUACUGCAAUAGCAAAUGAAAAAAUAAAAGCAGAAAAAGAUGCCAAUGCUGGCAAAAAGAAAGGUGGAAAGAAGAAGCAGCUGCACGUUGAUCGGGCUGAUGAUGACGCUGUGGUUAAUGCAUAUGAUGGUUAUGAUGAUGACUAUGAUUUUAUGUGAGAAGAAUAUCUUCACAAACCACAUGUUUAUUACACCAAACUACUACUGUCUUUCCAGUCCUAUUAUCAUCAGAAGUUAAAACCCCAUGCAUUUAUGAAAACAAAUAUAAGGAGAGGAUCCUGUGGCUUGUACUCCCAAUUCUGGAGGCUGGUUGAGUGUCAUAGAUUUUUGUCAAAUAAAAUAUUAUCCCGUUUUGUCUUUCUCGUUUUAUUUAUUUAUUUUUCUUUUUCUUUUUGUUUCUUUUGGUAAAUUGGUGUUCUCCUGUAUUCAUACUGUAUGAUAAACAUCAGAUUUUGAGUCUAUAUUUUCUUGGAUCAGUUGCUACUGA